AUGCCUAAAGACGCAACAAAGAAGUCAAUCAAUGAAGGCAGAAAGGGUAAUGAGAACGUGAAGAAAGCUACGCAGCAGAAUACACAGAAGAAUGCUGGGAAGAAAGAGGAUAAAUUUGAAGAUCAGGAUGAGAUCAAUAUCAACGAGUACAACAGCGAUAGCAGUGAUUCAGACGGCAGCUCUGACGAAGAAGCCAUCUCAAAGGAGUCCAAACCUGUGCCAAAAGUGCCAACCAACUCCCAGGUUAAAGCGAAAUUGGGUAAAGCAGCUUCCAAGAAGAACAAGAGGGGUGUAGUAUUUGUUGGACAUAUCCCUCAUGGUUUCUACGAGAAUGAAAUGAGAGCAUAUUUCUCUCAAUUUGGUGAUAUAACGAGACUUAGACUAUCACGUAACAAGAAGACAGGCAAGAGUAAGCAUUAUGCCUUUAUAGAGUUUGAGAGUCUCGAAGUUGCGGAGAUCGUAGCUGAGACUAUGAACAACUACCUCAUUGAGAAUAGAUUGCUGGUUGUGGAAGUGUUGGAUGACAAGGAUAUAAACGAGCACCUCUUCAAAGGAGCCAAUCGCAAGUUUAGACCAACGCCUACUGACAGAAUAGAGAGAUUGAAUUUCAAUAAGGAGAAGACCGAGGAGGAGAAACAGAAGGCUGUAAGCAAGUACCAGAAAGCACUUGAGAAGAAGCAGCAGAAGCUCGAUAAGAAGGGCAUCGAUUAUAAGAUUCCAAUGUAA